AUGCUAAAACAGUUGUAUGUGAACAUCCCAUUCACAGAGGUGCUCACCCAAAUGCCUGCCUAUGCCAAAUUUCUGAAGAAAAUCCUUUUAAGUACAAGGAAGAUAGAGGAAAUGAUAGUGGUCAAACUCAACGCGCAUUGUAGUGCCAUCCUACAGAAUAAAAUUCCUCAAAAGUGUGGGGAUCCCGGCAGCUUCACUAUACCCUGCUUUUUGGGGAGUGAGAAAUUUGACAAUACCCUGUGCGACUCAGGUGCAUCCAUUAACUUGAUGCCAUUGUCUGUUUUCAGGAUAUUAGAAGGAGAACUAGGAGUGAUAAAAUCUAUGCUAGUAUCAUUGCAACUAGCUGAUCAGACCACUAUUAUACCAGAGGGAAUAAUCGAGAAUAUUCUGGUGAGGAUAGAUAAAUUUAUUUUCCCUGUGGACUUCAUCAUAAUAGAUAUGGAAGAGAAUAAGGAGGUACCCCUAAUUUUGGGGAGACCAUUCCUUUGCACCGACAGAGCAAUCCUUGACAUAUAUGAGGGUCAGCUUAUGCUAAGAUUGGAAAACAAAAAGGUGAUCUUUCAAAUUAAAAGAAUGAUGAAGUACCUAUGUGAUGAGGCUUCUGCCUAUGCAUAUUUCAAACUGGAUGCGGUAGGGGAGUUAGCUAAAAAACACAAGCUGGUAGGUGAUUCUUUAGAAAGAUGCAUUACUCAAUCGAGUAUAGCAGAUGAUGAACACCCUGAGAUCAACAAAGAGGCUGAGGCCCUGGAUACUGAAGACGAAGUGGUAGAUGAAGAGGAAUUAGAGAAAGAAAUGGCUAAGCCAAAGAUGGAGAUGAAAUUACUCUCGACCCAUUUAAAAUAUAGUUUUCUUGAGACUAAUAAUUUUUUUGUGAUUGUAUCUGCUGAUUUAACAGGUGAAGGAACACAUGCUGGUGAAAUUAUUGCAGAAGCAUAA